UCCGCCUCCAACUGGCUGGGCCUCACUCUGGGCUGCGGCAGCGAGUGAGCUGCUCCCGCUGCCCGUGUGGGGGCGGUCCUGGCGCUUCCCACGCAUCACCCAGCCUCUGCAGCAGAACCCCGGAGCAGGGCAGUGUCGCCCGGUAUCCGCCCCGCUGCAGCGGCCUGCGUUACUGCCUCGGUGCUGCGGCAGCCUGGGGUGCAGCCUUUGCACUCUGCGGACCGGGAGCAGGCGAUCUGGGCAGCGUCGCCGCGGCCUACCCGCGCUCCUUUCCGCAUCCCCGCCCCUCGUUCCCGCCUCCUCCGGGGCUGAGUGGAGUACGCCGCACACUGCGGCAGCGCCGGGUCGGGACUGCCCGUGGGAGGCACACCCACCUCUCCCGGCCGCACCCCUGCGCUGCAGCAUGUCCGCGCUCGAGUGGUACGCCCACAAGUCUCUGGGCGAUGGCAUCUUCUGGAUUCAGGAACGUUUCUACGAGUCAGGCAACCGCGCCAACAUCUGGCUGGUGCGCGGCUCGGAGCAGGACGUGGUGAUCGACACCGGCCUGGGACUGCGCAGCCUCCCCGAGUACCUCUACUCCUCCGGCCUCUUGCAGGACUGCGGGGCUAAGGAGGAUGCGGGGCGCCGGCCGCUGCUGGCCGUGGCCACUCACGUGCACUUCGAUCACUCUGGCGGUCUCUACCAGUUCGACCAGGUGGCUGUGCACCGCGCCGAGGCCGAGGCCCUGGCUCGAGGGGACAACUUUGAGACCGUGACCUGGCUCUCUGACAGCGAGGUGGUGCGGGCCCCCAGCCCUGGCUGGAGGGCCAGGCAGUUUCGAGUGCAGGCAGUGCAGCCGACCCUCAUUCUGCAGGAUGGGGAUGUAAUCAACCUUGGCGACCGACAGCUGACUGUUAUGCACAUGCCAGGUCACUCGAGAGGCAGUAUUUGCUUACAUGACAAAGACCGGAAGGUUCUGUUCAGUGGUGAUGUGGUCUAUGACGGAUCGUUGAUUGACUGGCUCCCGUACAGCAGGAUAAGUGAUUAUGUCGGAACUUGUGAACGUCUCAUAGAGUUAGUGGACACAGGUCUCGUGGAGAAAGUGCUUCCUGGGCACUUCAAUACCUUUGGUGCUGAAAGGCUUUUUCGUUUAGCAUCUAACUAUAUUUCAAAAGCUGGAAUAUGCCACAAAGUUUCUACUUUUGCUAUGAGGUCUCUUGCGAGUUUAGCCCUCCGUGUAACAAAUUCUAGAACCUCACUCUAAUAUUUGUACCGAUCAUUUGCUGGCAUUAACUGUGUAAAUUAACCCAGUUCCCUUGUGUUGCUUAAAAUGGUAACUAGUGAGCAUUUCAAAAAAUGCUUUUAUAUAAUCAUAUUGUAUGAUAGAGAAAAAGAGGAUCAAGAAUGAGGAAGCAAUUAAUAAUAAUAAUAAAAUAAUAAUAAUUGUAUCCUUUACUUUUUCCCAAGGAAGAAACCACUUAAAAUGAGCUUGUAGUUGGCCAGUGCUGUCAUGUGAGUGUUCUCUCUGGAAAUGCUGUGGGGUAAUGUGGGAGCAAAGAUGCACACACCGCAGCCGCAGCACAAAGACCUGCCCUUGCUCCUCCUUACUGUGCUUCCCAGGAUGCUCAGGGGGACUCAAAUGAAGUUUUAUGCUUGCACUUCACACCUGAUUUCAUUUCCAUGUUUUAUUUAAAGAUAAAAUUUCUUGGGUUCAAAAAUAAAGUAGACCUCAAUAUAAAUUAGCAUUUAGAAUGACAGCUAACACAUCCCAUAUUUGUGCUCCUGGAUUUUAUGCCUCCUUUAUUUAUUUUUCUUAUUAUUUGUAUAAGACACAACAUGCUAUAUAGUUUAACUUAUAAAUAGUGCAAUGGAUUUUUGUCUUAUUGCAAAGCUUUAAAUAUAAAAUGCAGAAUGCUUCAGUAAAACACUGCUGUUUGUUGUUUGUUACUGUGUAAGUAAUAUUUUCGGUCAUGAAAGUGAAAUUCAAACGUGUGUAACCUAACUUCAGAUUGUCAGAUUUUUUUAAAAGGACACUGUCAGGCAAAUUUGAAGAUAUACACAUUAAGAAUAAUUUUUUAUUAUAUCCUAUUUUAGUAUUAAUAGAUGUUAUUGAUUAAAUUGCAACUUCAGUAUUGGGUCAUGUUUUACAGUACCAAAACAAUUCCUGAUACCUAUGACAUCUUAAUGUAAACCAUUCUUUUGAUUGAUAUAACACGUAUACAUACCACAGAAGGAUUUUUAAAUUAAUUGCAAUGUAUGUGUUAUGUAUCGACUACAGCAAAUGGCCUUCUUAUCCUGAUUCACAACACCUGUCCCUGCUCAGUAUUAUUUGUCAUGAACAAAAACAAGUCUAUGUUCAUAAGUCAUAGAAAAUGUGAAAACAUUAUUUAGUGAUACUAGGUAAAGUGUUUGGGUUUGGUGCUUUUAAUAAUAAUUUAUUUAAAAGUCUUUUGGAGUAUUUCAUAAGAGUUUUUAAAACAGUUUACCACUAUCUUUUUAUUAUUGACAUGUUGUUAUUGAUAUUUUAGAUCAAACAGGUCGACUUUUGGAAAUCAGAUUGUUUAAUAUUAGGAAGUAAUAGCAGUUCUUGUUUCUGACAAGUUAUGUAACUUUUUUACCCUGAAUACACCCAGGUUCUUUAAAUUUUUUUUAUUCUUUCAGUAGGUACAUGUGCACGAGUGUGACUGCAUACACACACAGACAUGUAGGGAUAUACACAGUCACACACAUACAUACAUAGCACUGUGCUAAACAAUGUAGGGGGUUUGAAAGUGAGAAAAUAUAUUAUAGCUGAGUGUUAAAAGCCACAAAACCCCAAAAGUGAUAUAGGUAAGUUGAAGUUAAUAUAAAUGAUGCUUAAAUAUAGAGGAUAUAAGCAAGGGGUGUGAAGUAGGAUAAGGGGAAAUGCCCUGGAAAAGGGGAUUUUUGAGUCAGACUUGGAGGGAGGCUGGGAAAGAUGUGAGCCUCCGGCUUCAAGAAUUGCUGGAUGGACUAGCCUGUUCCUUGUGACAUUUAACUUUCUGAAAUCUCAUUCCUUCUACGUACCAUGUAUUUAGCAUGUAAAAGAUAGAUCUGUGAUAGUAUAUGUGAUUGUAUAUGUAUAUAUUCUUAAAGGCAGAUGAACUGAGCGGUCACAUACCACCAUGUAAACCUUUGCUGAGAAUCAAAAAGGAGGCCAUGACUGGAUCAGACAUGCAGUAUUACGAGAACGCUGUCACGAUCCUUCAAGACAGUGGGUCUGUUACAGUUGAUGACACAGUACUGAGAAAGGAGAUUGGUUCAGGGCAACUACAAUCACUUAGUAAGCCUUAAAUAUAGCCAUUAUUUUUGUAUCAGCAGCACAAAAUAAAGCCAAAAGUCCUUAAUCAUUGACUGUUUUUAUCAUAUUUUAGUAUUUAUUUCAAAUCAAGAUACAAUAGGCAUUAAGUUUUAUUAGGAAAAUCUUAUUCCUGAUGAGAUAUUUCCCUAUUUAUUAAAAGUGCAAUUUUCAGUAUAUGGUGAUAUUUUUGUUGAUUUCUCCAAUCUUUCAGUUUUUUCAAUUAUAGUACAAUAUAAGAUUGUGAUAUUUUAGUAUUGCUACCAUAUAAAAAAUGUGGAAGUAAAUUCAUACUCAUUUAAUACUCAUGAUACAUUUUAAAUUUGCAUCCUAGUUCCAACACCAAGAGGUAGUUGACCAGUGUCAUACUCAACAUAGACUAGGAACAAAGCUGAUAACUGAACACAGGUUUGUCUGCUACCAAACUGUGCCCUCUCUUAAACAUGCACAAUCUAUAGAAUUGACCACAUAUAUUUUUUACUUUCCAACAUGUCACAUAUGUGAAGAAUAAAUCAAAUAAUAUCAAAUCCUAAUAGCAUCUUUAGAAUAUUAAAAUAUAUUUUCACCCUGACAGUGACCCUUGAUUUAUGAUUUUUGGAAAUAUGCUAUUGUGAAUGUAACUCAAAGUUGUCAAAAUAUUAGACAUUUCAAAAAAAGUUUUCUUAUUUAUAUUGCUAAUAAUGAACCCGUGGACUUUCACUUUCUUUACUUAAUGUCUCUUUAUAAGUGAAAAGCUUUAAAAAAAAAACUGGAACCUUGUUGCUAUGCUGAUAUAGUUGAAUAAAUGGUUAUGUGUAUUUGUUCUUAUAUGGAUAGUAGUAAUAUGAAUGUGACAUGCACAAAUUGUCCUAUAAUUUUCCAAUAAAUGUAUGUAAGCAUUUGUGUGGGUAACUAUUAAAGUGGCCAUUUAGUUCA